AUGAUAAAUUUUUUUCUUUUGAUUUCAGAAAAUUCAUUGGAAUAUUAUGUUGAAAUAGGUGGAUGUACAUUUGAUCGACCGCUAUUAGGUGAAUUCUAUUCAUAUGAAAAUGACUUUGCAACUGAUACAUCAUUGAAAGAAAAUGGAGUUAUUGAUAGACGUUGCUAUCGUCAAGAAUCAGGUGCUGGUGUAACACGAAAUGAUGGUUGA